AUGGGCAGCCGCUGGAACAGCAGCGACGGCCCCGAGGACGCGCGGGAGCAGCCAUGGGCCGCGCUGCCGCCUUGCGACGAGCGCCGCUGCUCGCCCUUUCCCCUGGGGGCCCUGGUGCCGGUGACCGCAGUGUGCCUGGGCCUGUUCGCCGUCGGGGUGAGCGGCAACGUGGUGACCGUGCUGCUCAUCGGGCGCUACCGGGACAUGCGGACCACCACCAACUUGUACCUGGGCAGCAUGGCAGUGUCCGACCUACUCAUCCUGCUCGGGCUGCCCUUCGACCUGUACCGCCUCUGGCGCUCGCGGCCCUGGGUGUUCGGGCCGCUGCUCUGCCGCCUAUCGCUCUACGUGGGCGAGGGCUGCACCUACGCCACGCUGCUGCACAUGACGGCGCUCAGCGUCGAGCGCUACCUGGCCAUCUGUCGCCCGCUCCGCGCCCGCGUCCUGGUCACCCGGCGCCGCGUCCGCGCGCUCAUCGCUGUGCUCUGGGCGGUGGCGCUGCUCUCUGCUGGGCCCUUCUUGUUCCUGGUGGGCGUCGAGCAGGACCCCGACAUCUCCGUGGUCCCGGGCCUCAAUGGCACCGCGCGGCUCGCUCCCUCGCCUCCCGCCUCGUCGCCGCCCCUCUGGCUCUCGCGGGCGCCACCGCCGUCCCCGCCGUCGGGGCCCGAGACCGCGGAGGCCGCGGCGCUGUUCAGCCGCGAAUGCCGGCCAAGCCCCGCGCAGCUGGGUGCGCUGCGUGUCAUGCUGUGGGUCACCACCGCCUACUUCUUCCUGCCCUUUCUGUGCCUCAGCAUCCUCUAUGGGCUCAUCGGGCGCGAGCUGUGGAGCAGCCGGCGGCCGCUGCGAGGCCGGGCCGCCUCGGGGCGGGAGAGAGGCCACCGGCAGACCGUCCGCGUCCUGCUGGUGGUGGUUCUGGCAUUCGUAGUUUGCUGGUUGCCAUUCCACGUUGGCAGAAUCAUUUACAUAAACACGGAAGAUUUGCGGAUGAUGUACUUCUCUCAGUACUUUAACAUCGUCGCUCUGCAACUUUUCUAUCUGAGCGCAUCUAUCAACCCAAUCCUCUACAACCUCAUUUCAAAGAAGUACAGAGCGGCAGCCUGUAAACUGCUGCUUGCAAGGAAGUCCAGGCCGACAGGCUUACACAGAAGCAGGGACACUGCGGGGGAAGUUGCAGGGGACACUGGAGGAGACACAGCAGGCUACACCGAGACAAGCGCUAACAUGAAGACGACGGGGUAACCAGCAUGGCCAAGCCAGGAUCCUCUCGCAGUUCUAAGACUUCGGGGAAAACAGGUGUGUAGAGAAAUAAAGACUGAAAGUAAGGAACAGAUCCUGUUAAGAAGAAUGGAAAGAGGGUGGCAGUUGUGCCAGUUGGUUAAGAAAUA